AUGGCAAGAGUCUUAGAGGAAGUGACGGAAUGCGAGAGUAUCAUCGGUUAUGAAUUCAGGGAGAAACGCCACGCCAUCAGAGCGCUCUUUGCCUACACUGGCGCUUGCCAGUACAUGGAUUCUAUCUUCGGCGUCAAAAAGAACGACGGGCUGGCAAUCUACGGCGAUAUCGUUAUCCAAGACCACCUAUGCAGGCAAUGGCUCGACCUAGGCCUUACCAAGGGCAUGUGGGAAUGGACCCAAAUCCGUCAGGUGGCGAGCAAUACCAACCUGGCCUCCAUUGGCAGGGCUAGAGGACUGGACGCUUGCGUCGUCCUCAAUCCAGGAACGGUGAAUGUGACUGAUAGCGUCAUGGCUACCACUGUGGAAGCCAUCAUCGGCGCAGUGGCCUUGGAUGGCGGCAGGGCGGCGGCCGAACAGGUCAUCGAUCGACUGAAUGUGACGCAUGAGCUGCUUACAGCGGUAAAGUCGACUACUCUCCUACCAUCCCGACCUUGA